AUGGAGCGGGCGGCGAAGGAGCGAUGCUUUGUCGUCUACACCGUCAUCGAUCCCGAGCAUCGCGACUUCGUUCAGAGCACCGCGCACGAACUGCAGGUGGAGGUUGCCGAUCUGAUCGGUGGGCUCGUGCUCAAGCUCGGCGCGUUCUUCGGUGAGCAGCCGCUGUUCGCCACCGGGAUCAAGCACCAGCUCGACGCGGAGUAUUUUAAGCGAAUCGAAGCCGUCGAAUUUGCGGUCAAGAGCGACGACGGUCAGUCGCCGCAGAACUUGAAGCGCGCCGACAUGGUCUUGAUCGGUUUGUCCCGAACGUCGAAGACGCCGCUGUCGAUGUACCUCGCGCACAAGGGCUACCGCGUGGCGAACGUUCCGCUGGUUCCCGAGAUCCCACCGCCGCGCGAGCUGUUCGAGAUCGACCAAGAAAAGAUCUACGCGUUGAUCAUCGAUCUCAAUUCACUGGUUCGCGUGCGGCACCAACGACUUCGUGCACUCGGUCUUCCGCCCGACGCGGAGUACGCCGCGCGAGAGAACAUCGCGCGAGAGUUGCGUUGGGUGCGCGAGUUCUAUGCGCGUCAUCCCACGUGGCCGGUCGUUGAUACCUCGGGUCGCGCCGUCGAAGAAACGAGCGCCGAGAUGAUUCGCAUCAUGAAGGAACGGGAGGCGCGCAAUCAGACCGGCGAUCUUCCGACCAAUCGUCCCCGCUGA